AUGGCCGACCAAGGGAAUCGUCCGCACAGGACGACAAAGGAGAAGAAAGCGCAUACCGGCGGACCGAAUCCAAAGGCUUUUGCGUAUGCGGCGCCGGGAAGAUUGCAGAAGACAGCUGCGCGCUCACACGAUGUCAAAGAGAAACGCCUCCACGUCCCCCUCGUUGACCGCCUCCCCGAAGAAGCUCCCCCCAUCAUCGUCGGCGUCGUCGGCCCCCCCGGCGUAGGCAAAACUACUCUGAUCAAAUCGCUCAUUCGCCGAUACACGAAGCAAACCCUCUCGACGCCGAGCGGGCCGCUCACAGUUGUCACUUCCAAGCGGCGACGCCUUACGUUCAUAGAAUGCCCGGCGGAUUCGCUCGCCAGCAUGAUCGACAUUGCGAAAGUGGUGGACAUCGUGCUGCUGAUGAUUGACGGCAACUACGGCUUCGAAAUGGAGACGAUGGAGUUCUUGAACGUCCUCAGCGCGAGCGGUAUGCCGGGAAAUGUGUUCGGUAUCCUGACGCAUCUGGACUUGUUUCGCAAGCAAGAAGCGCUGAAAUUGCAGAAGAAGCGCCUCAAGCACAGAUUUUGGAGCGAGUUGUACCAGGGCGCAAAACUCUUCUACCUGUCUGGAGUAGUCAAUGGGCGAUACCCCGACCGAGAGAUCAUGAAUCUUAGCAGGUUCUUGAGCGUGAUGAAGAAUCCUAGACCGCUGGUGUGGAGGAAUAGCCAUCCGUAUUGUCUGGCGGAUCGCUUCUUGGACAUCACGCCCCCAACGGACAUGGAGCAGAACCCCAAGUGCGAUCGCACGGUCGCGCUGUAUGGAUACCUUCGCGGAACAAAUUUCCCGGCGGGUGGAUCGCGCGUGCAUAUACCUGGUGUGGGCGAUUUGACGGUCACUUCGACAGAGGCGCUGCCGGAUCCGUGUCCGACGCCGUUUGCAGAGAAGCAGGGCGAGAAGAUGACGGGCAAGAAGAAGCGCACGAGGUUGGGUGAGAAACAGAAGAUUCUAUAUGCGCCCAUGUCGGAUGUCGGUGGUGUGCUUGUCGAUAAAGACGCAGUGUAUAUUGAUGUCAAGACCUCAACGUUUGAUCCGGAUGUCGACUAUGCGGAGCGCGGACUGGGCGAGCAGAUGAUGGUCAACCUACAGGGUGGGCGAAAGAUGCUUGGUGAAGACGACCGGGGCUUCAGGCUAUUCAGUGGCGGCAAGCUUGUUGAUAAGAUCGAGGAUGAUGUCGAGGAUACUGGACGCCGGUCACACCGAAAGGCGAGAGCUGCGGAAGCUGAGGAGGUCGACGACGGAGAUCUUGAUGGCAUCGAUAGUGAUGAGGAAGAGUUACAACAACAUGGCAGUGGUUCGGAGGAUGAGGAUGAUACCGGCUUUCUCGACACGAAUGGCGCAACAAACGGCAAGCCCAAGUUUGCCCGGAAAGAGUCGGAUCAAAACGGCGAUGCAGCUGAAGAAGUCGCAUUCGCGGACAGUGACUCUGAUCUUGGUUCGAUAUCCGGAGACGAGCGAGAUUUGAGCGACCUGGACGAGGGCGAAUCCGAAUCAGAAGAGGAUGAUGACGAAGAAGGCGCGCUGCGCUGGAAAGACAACCUCCGUGAAAACGCCGCGAAGCUACAUGGACAAAAACGAGCAUACCGCAUAACAGACCUUGCCAAGAUGAUGUAUAACCUCGACCUUGCGCCCACCGACGUGAUCAAAAAGUGGACUGGCGCACAAGUUGAGGAGGAGAUCGAGGAUGAUGAAGACGCAGAUGAUGGCUUCUUCAAAAAGUCCAAAACCGAAGACUCUGCUAAUGCCGAAGAUCGAUACAUUCCAAGGUUCGACUACGAAGAGCUGGCAGAACGAUGGGAAGACGAGGACAACAUCGACGCUCUCCGGAGUCGAUUUGCCACAGGCCACAUGAAUGGCAAGGGUGGUGAUGGUGAAGAGGAGAAUGAAGAUGAUUUUGAAGGCUUCGAUGAAGAUGAUGAGGGUGAUGGCGAGUUUGAGGAUUUAGAGACAGGCGAGAAGUUCGGUGGCGAGGAACCCAAACCAGAAACUAUCGAGGAAGAGCGAGAACGCAACGCCAAGCGGAAAGAAGAGCUGAAGCUUCGGUUCGAAGAAGAAGAUCGCGAAGGUUUCAUGAACGACAAAGCCGACGGUCGUAAAGAAGGCGCCGCGCAAGAAGAAGAAUUCGGCGAGGAUGACUGGUAUGAUGCACAAAAGGCUAUGAUUCAGAAGCAAUUGGACAUCAACCGCGCUGAGUUUGACCAGCUGGAUGAGCUUUCUCGUGUCCGUGUCGAAGGUCACAAGGCUGGCACAUACGUCCGGAUCGUUCUUGAGAACGUACCAUACGAGUUCUCCGCACACUUCAACCCGCGAUUUCCCAUUCUGAUCGGUGGGUUGACACCGACAGAGGAGCGAUUUGGCUUUGUCCAAAUACGCAUCAAGCGUCACAGAUGGCACAAGAAGAUCCUCAAGACAAAUGAUCCUCUCAUCUUCUCGCUCGGAUGGAGACGGUUCCAGACUACGCCCAUCUACAGUAUAUCAGAUUCGCGGACGCGCAAUCGCAUGCUCAAGUACACGCCUGAGCACAUGCAUUGCUUUGGUACCUUCUACGGCCCUCUCGUCGCACCAAACACUGGUUUUGUCUGCCUUCAAAGCCUCAGCAACAAGACACCCGGCUUCCGGAUCAGCGCCACCGGCGUUGUCUUGAAUGUCGACGAAUCGACCGAAAUCGUCAAGAAGCUCAAGCUCACUGGCCACCCGUACAAGAUCUUCAAGAACACCGCCUUCAUCAAAGACAUGUUCAAAUCCUCGCUCGAAAUCGCAAAAUUCGAAGGCGCCUCCAUCCGCACCGUCUCCGGUGUCCGCGGCCAAAUCAAGCGCGCCCUUUCCAAACCCGAAGGAAACUUCCGCGCCACCUUCGAAGACAAAAUCCUCAUGAGCGACAUCGUCUUCCUGCGUGCCUGGUAUCCCAUCAAGCCCCGCCGCUUCUACAAUACCGUCACAAACCUGCUCACCCCACCGUCCGCCGAGCAGAAGGAGGCCGGCGAAAGCACAGGCUGGAACGGCAUGCGCCUCACGGGUGUCGUCCGCCACGAACUCUCCCUUCCCACACCCGCCGACAAAAACUCUGCAUACCGCCCCAUCGACCGCCCCACCCGCGUCUUCAACCCCCUACGCAUCCCGCGCAAACUCGCUGCCAACCUGCCCUUCAAAUCCCAAGCCCCCGUCAUGAAGCCCCAGCGCCAACCCACGUAUCUGCAAAAACGCGCGGUCGUGCUGGGUGGCGAGGAGAAGAAGGCGCGCAAACUCAUGGACCAGGUCGUGGCGAUUCGCAAUGAUAAAGUGGAGAAGAGGCGCAAGAAACAGGAUGAGAGGAAGGAGGGGUAUCGGAGUAAGGUUAAGGAGAAUGAGGAGAAGAGGGGCGAGAGGGAGAAGAGGGAGAAGCAGGAGUAUUGGGAGAGGGAAGGGAAGAAGAGGAGGUUUCAGGGUGAGGGAGACCAAGGAGGGAGAGGUGGAGGUGGAGGCAAGAGGAGGAAGUAG